AUGGGUUCAAGAGUCCUCUUCCUCUUCCUCGGGCUCCUGCUUCUCUCUGCUGAGCUGCUGGCUCAGAAGAGCAGACGUGACUGCAGGCUUCCUCCAUCUAAGGGGAGUGGCACGAAAGCCCUGACCAAAUACUUCUAUGACCAGACACACAAGAAGUGCCUGAAAUUUACAUAUACAGGGAAAGGGGGGAAUAACAACCGGUUCGAUACUGAAAAGGCAUGCCUGGCUACUUGUGGGCCGAAAGGUGACUGCAUACUUUCUCCGUCCCACGGGCCCUGCAAGGAAUCCCUGAUCAAAUACUACUUUGACAAGAAAGAGAAGAAGUGCCUGAAAUUUACCUAUGGGGGGUGCAAGGGGAAUACCAACCGGUUCGAUACUGAAAAGGAAUGCCAGAUUGUUUGUGGGCAGAAAGGGAGGGACUGA